AUGGCAAGAAGGAAUACAUAUGUCUGUGAAAGAACCACAGAUCGAUACACAGCGUUGCAGAACGGAAAAGACAGCAGCCUUACAGAGAUGUCCGCGAGCAGCAUGUCCUCUGCGGGCUCCGCCGUGGCCUCUGCUGUGCCCUCAGCACGACCCCGGCACCAGAAGUCCAUGUCUGCUUCCGGCCAUCCUAUUAAAGUCACACUGCCGACCAUUAAAGACAGCUCGGAAACUUACAGGCCCGGCACAACCCAGCGCGUGCCCGCUGCGUCGCCGUCUACUCACAGUAUUAGCGCCUCGACCCCCGACCGCACCCGCUUCCCCCGCGGCAGCUCCAGCCGCAGCACCUUCCACGGGGAGCAGCUCCGCGAGCGCCGCAGCGCCGCCUACAAUGGGCCGCCCGCCUCCCCGUCCCACGAGCCGGGGGCCUUCACGCACGCCAGGAGGGGCACGUCCACUGGUAUAAUAAGCAAAAUAACGUCCAAAUUCGUCCGCAGGGAUCCAAGUGAAGGCGAAGCCAGUGGUAGAGCCGACACCUCAAGAAGUACAACAGGGGAACCAAAAGAAAGAGAAAAGGAGGAGGGUAAAGAUUCUAAGCCACGUUCUCUGCGGUUCACGUGGAGCAUGAAGACCACUAGUUCAAUGGACCCCAAUGACAUGAUGAGAGAAAUCCGCAAAGUGUUAGAUGCAAAUAACUGUGAUUAUGAACAGAAAGAGAGGUUUUUGCUUUUCUGCGUCCAUGGUGAUGCCAGGCAGGAUAGCCUUGUGCAGUGGGAAAUGGAAGUCUGCAAGUUGCCACGACUGUCCCUCAAUGGGGUCCGCUUCAAGCGAAUAUCCGGGACGUCCAUCGCCUUUAAAAACAUUGCAUCUAAAGUAGCAAAUGAGCUGAAGCUGUAA